ACUGUUGACGCAGAAGCCAAUCCAGGAAACUCGUACUUGUCCGGCUUAUGCCACUUUGCAAGAACGAGGGGUCCAGUGAGUGAUGUUGAUGCGCCAUCCUGCUAAGUCAGAGAGUCUCACAAGUGCGCUGUCGGGCAUAUCAGUCAUCAGCAUAAGCCGGAUCGGCAUUGUUCCCCGCAUCUCCCGGCCGGAACACAUUCCGAGGUGCGGAAUGCCCACGGAAUCGGUGCGGGGCAGCCUUAUGCUCCAUCGUUGCCAUGCUAUAAGAUAACUAUAUCCUCCAGCACCACAGCUUGCAUCGAGUCUGCUUCGGAUACUUUCUCUGUUACAACUCAAGCACAAUGGCCUCCAUCACACUCACCGGCUCCAAAGGUCGUCAAAUCGAAGUCCCAACCACCCUCUUCAUCAACAACGAAUUCACCCCCGCAACCAACAAUGCCACUCUGGCCGUCGAGAAUCCCACCACCGGUGAGACUCUCGCAGAUGUUUCCGCGGCUAGCCCGGAGGACAUCGACCGCGCAGUCAAGGCAGCGACGGCAGCCUUCCCCGCAUGGAAAGCCACCCCGGGGCCCGAGCGCGCCGCACUGCUCCACAAACUGGCGGAUCUGAUCGAACGAGACGCAGAGGAAUUUGCAUCUAUUGAGGCGCUGGAGGGCGGCAUUCUGUACACCGACAGUUUAGGUCUGAAUGUGCCACAGGCCGUGUCGACUAUUCGGUAUUACGCUGGGUGGGCGGACAAGAUUGACGGCAAAACGCUGCAUAUCCCGGGGGGCGUGGGCUAUACCUUCCGCGAGCCCUUGGGGGUCUGUGCGGCCAUUGUGCCUUGGAAUGGGCCACUAAUGAUAACAGCCUGGAAACUCGCCCCCGCCCUCGCCACCGGCAACACCCUUAUCAUCAAACCCUCCGAACUGACCCCUCUCAACGCCCUCAAGCUCGCCCAACUGAUCCGCGAGGCCGGAUUGCCCGCGGGCGUGGUCAACAUCGUGCCCGGCGACGGCCCCUCCGCCGGGGCCGCCCUCUCCCACCACCCGAACAUCCGCAAACUUUCCUUCACCGGCUCCACCGCCGCGGGUCGCGCAAUCCUCCGCGCCUCCGCCGCCAGCAACCUCAAGCAAGUCUCGCUGGAACUCGGCGGCAAGGGCCCAAGCCUCGUCUUCGCGGACUGCGACCUGGCCAACGCCCUCCUCUGGACGCGCAUCGGUAUCACCGCCAACAACGGGCAGAUCUGCGCCGCCGGGUCGCGCAUCUACGUCCAGCGGCCCAUCUACGAGCAGUUCCUCGAGGCGUACGCGCAGGCCGCGGCGGAGAACCAACCCGUCACUGGCAACCCGCUGGAGGAGACGACCACCAAGGGGCCUGUGGCGAGUAAGGCGCAGUUCGAGAAGAUCCUCGGGUACAUUGCCGAGGGGAAGAGCUCGGGGCGGCGGUUGUUGUUCGGUGGCGAGCAGAUCGGGGAUAAAGGGUAUUUCGUGCAAAACACGGCGUUCGCGGAUGUCGGGCAGACGGAUAAAAUCAUGCAGGAGGAGAUCUUUGGGCCGGUUGCGAGCAUCGCCCCCUUCGACACGGAGGAAGACGCUAUCCGCCUGGCUAACGAUUCCCUGCACGGACUGAGCGCGGCGGUGUUCACCAAUGACAUCAACUGCGCGCAUCGGGUCACCGCCGCCCUGGAGACGGGCCAGGUCACGGUCAACGCAUGGUCGCUGCUGAGCGCCAACGCCCCGUUCGGUGGCGUCAAGGAGAGUGGGUUCGGUCGGGACAUGGGCGAGGAGGCGUUGGACUGUUGGACCACCGUUAAGUCGGUCAAGUACAGCAUUGCGCCGAGGUUGUAGUUCUUAUUUACCUGUGUUAUGAAUCUAGCCAUGCAAGCUGCACAAAAACAAUCAAGAUAACUGACUGUGUGAACUCCUUCCUCAGCUUCCCAUACUAGUCAUACUAUUGGCAUCGGG